CGUUCACACGCUCACGUGACCAAAACGCGGAAGUGAAACGGGAAGUUGUCGCCGAGAUGGAAGUACGGCGUUUUUGCUCAAAACAAACUUCAUUUUAGGGUAUUUCUAUUGUUUAUUUUGCACAUAAGAGAUGGAUUCGGGAGCGAAAGAAGUGAACGAGGAUUGUGUCCGACAGUUGAGAAUGGCAACUCGAGAAAAACUGAAAAAAUUCAACUGUUUGCGCGGUCGGGAGUUGGCGUGUGGCGAGUUCUGGGACGUGGUGGCGGUAACCGCCGCGGACGAGUGGCAGAAAGACGCCUACGAGCUUCAGAUCCAGGCAAAAGUGGAGAGGAAAGAACUCCCGCUUGGAAUUCCCUUCAAAGUCUUCUCGGAUCCACCUGGAUGUAAAAUAGGCAACGGCGGCUCCACCCUUCACGCUCUGCAGCAGCUGAGUGACAUCUACGGCCCGACUCUUUGCAGGUUGAGAGUCAUCCUGAUUCAUGCAGGUGGCUCGAGUCAGCGCCUGCCCAGUGCCAGCGCGCUGGGGAAGAUCUUCGCCGCCGUGCCGCUGGGCGAGCCCCUCUACCAGAUGCUGGAGCUCAAACUGGCCAUAUAUGUGGAUUUCCCCGCACAGAUGAAGCCCGGCGUGCUGGUGACCUGCGCGGACGACAUUGAGCUCUACAGUAUCGCCAGGGAUGAGAGCGUUGCGUUCGACAAGCCGGGCUUUACGGCUUUAGCCCACCCGUCGCCGCUGUCCAUCGGCACCGCCCACGGCGUUUUUGUUUUGGAGCCGUGUGAGGAGACCGCAUGCUCAGAAAUGGAGACCAGGACCUGCUUGCGCUUUCUCCACAAGCCUAGCGUUGAUGCGAUGCGAGACACGGGCGCCGUUUGUCAGAGGAGAAGCGGUUGUUUUCUUAUAUCCGAUAGCGAGUUUGUCUACACGGACAGUACCUACUAUGUAGACUUUGAUACGUCGCAGUGUCUCCUCGGUGUGCUCAAAGAGGUCGGACCGUUGGAGUGCGAGAUCGACGCGUACGGCGAUUUCCUCCAAGCGUUAGGCCCGCAGGCCUCGAUAGAAUACACCCGCAACACGGCCAAUGUCACCAAACAGGACGGCGGCCUGGUGGAAAUCCGCCAGAAGAUUUUCCGUCUUCUCAGAGGAACGCCGCUAAAUGUGAUCCUCCUCAAUAACUCCAAGUUUUAUCACAUCGGGACCACGACGGAGUACAUCUUCCACCUCACAGAGGAUGACGCCCUGAGGAGCGAGUUGGGUCUCCUGUCGUCUGCGUUCAGCGUACACCCGAACGAAAAGGCUGAUGCGGCAUCCUGCGUGAUGCACAGCGUCCUGGAACCUAGUUGCUCUGUGGGAGCCGGAUCCGUGGUGGAGUACUCCAGACUGGGAGAUAGAGUGUCCGUAGGCAGGGGCUCAGUGGUCAGCAGCUGCUGGGUCAGACCCGAUACCUCGGUGCCCGAUGGGGUCUUCAUGCAUUCUCUGUGUGUGACCCAACGGGAAAGAACUGGCUUCUUAACAGUCGUCUUCGGAAUCAACGACAACUUCAAAUGUUGCGUGAAAGCUUCCGAAUCUAUGGAAGCCUUGACUCUUUUUGGUGUGACUCUGGACACCUGCGUGUCCCUCUGGGGACUGGACGGUCAUGGCUUGAGGUUUUCCGGUGACGUGUCCGGCUGUAGUUUGUGGACCGUUUGUUUGUUUCCCAUUUGCGAGGACCAACAGCAGUCGUUCUCCUUGUCGCUAAACAUGCUGCAGGCCGUCCUGGGCAGACGUGCCUUCAACAUACCCAAAGACACAAAGCUGAUAUCUAUGCAUGAGGCCCUGCAGUGUAAGAAUCUGCAGGAGAUGCUGAACUUCCGGAAGGAACUCUAUCGUGACAUCGCACGGAGAUCGGGAGCCAGUUGUGAGGCGAGCAGCAGCAUGCUGGACUAACUGGACACGCUUUGAGGGAGGACUGGCUGACUCCAAAGUCAAGUGCAUGCAUGAUAGUAAUCCAGCCAAGAUGUGAUGAUGCUGUUAGUGUAAACAGUGCACAUCAGCGUGGAUGUGCUUUGAACUACACAAGCCACUAAAAUCGAAUUUAUUGCCGAACAAAUAAACUCAGAAUAGUCAAUCAAAUCAAUUAAUUUCUCAGCCCUUGUAGCGUAGUACAGCACUGGAAAAAAAAUAAGAGACCACUGCAAAAUUAUCAGUUCCUCUUAUUUAGCUAUUUCUAGGUAUAUGUUUGAGUAUUUUUUUUUUAAAAGAAAUGCUAUCAUUUAGAGCAGCAGUUUUUUUUUUUUUUUUUUUUCCAUUUUUCAGAACGAUUUCAUGUAAAGACACAUUUUGAGGGAGCAUUAUAGAAACGGAGAAUAAACGGUUAAAUAUACAAAUCAGCAUGA